ACGCCUUUCUUUUUCUGUCUCGAGGCGAAGCGAGAGUGAGAAAACAAGCGAAGAAGAUAACGGAGUGGGACCCGCAGGAAGCGGAGGAGGAGAGACCGGCAAGGCAAGGCAACGCGCCGUCAUCUCCUCCCUCUCACCGAGGAGGUCAGACCUUCGACUAGUAGUCAUGGCCCGCAUCUAGGAGGGCGCCAGAAGGGACCGGAUGGGGCGCGCGUUCGUGUACGUGAUCCUGGGCGGCGGCGUGGCCGCGGGCUACGCCGCGCUCGAGUUCGCCCGCCGCGGCGGGUACUCCCGCGGCGAGCUCUGCAUCAUCUCCGAAGAGGCCGCUGCUCCUUAUGAACGUCCUGCAUUAAGCAAAGGAUAUUUACUCCCAGAAGGUGCUUCUCGUCUUCCAGGAUUUCAUACUUGCGUUGGUGCUAAUGAUGAGUUACUGACAACAAAAUGGUACGAAGAACAAGGCAUUGAACUUGUUCUUGGAACAAAAGUGAUUUCUGCUGAUGUGAGGCGCAAGACAUUGCUUACAGGCACCGGAGAAACUAUCAGCUACAAAACUCUUAUUAUUGCGACAGGUGCUCGGGCUUUGAAGUUGCAAGAAUUCGGAAUACAAGGUUCAGAUGCUUCGAACAUAUGCUAUUUACGCAAUGUUGAUGAUGCGGAUAAGUUAGUGAAUGCGAUGAAAUCAUGUCCUGGUGGAAAUGCUGUUGUCAUUGGUGGUGGCUACAUCGGAAUGGAAUGUGCAGCGGCAUUGGUUACUAACAAGAUAAGGGUCACCAUGGUCUUUCCUGAAAAACACUGCAUGGGCCGUCUAUUUACACCAAAAAUUGCAGAAUAUUAUGAAAACUACUACACCUCAAAAGGGGUCACCUUUGUUAAAGGAACUGUGCUUACAUCCUUUGAAAAAGACACCACAGGGAAGGUGACUGCCGUAAUCCUGAAAGAUGGUAGGCACCUUCCUGCUGAUAUGGUAGUGAUCGGUAUAGGUAUCCGUGCGAACACUAGUCUGUUUGAAGGUCAGCUGGUGAUGUCAAUGGAGAAUGGUGGGAUAAAGGUAAAUGGACAGUUGCAGACAAGUGACAGCUCUGUAUAUGCUGUUGGAGAUGUUGCCGCAUUCCCGAUCAAGCUUUUUGAUGGUGAUAUCCGACGGCUUGAGCAUGUUGAUUCAGCUCGUAGAACUGCUAGGCAUGCAGUUGCAUCCAUCUUGGAGGCUUCAAAAGCCAGGGACAUUGAUUACCUACCAUUCUUCUACUCCAGAGUCUUCACAUUGUCCUGGCAGUUCUAUGGGGAUAAUGUUGGGGAAGUGGUUCACUUUGGAGACUUCACAAGCAGCAGCCCAAGGUUUGGUGCAUAUUGGGUGAAUAAAGGCCGAAUUGCAGGUGCAUUUCUUGAAGGUGGAAGCCGGGAUGAAUACGAGGCCAUAUCAGUCACUGUUCGGCGGAAAGCCAAGGUCGUAAACAUGGCUGAACUUGGAAAACAAGAAACGUCUCUGUGGUUUUGUUGCCGGCCAAUCAUUUCUCCGAUCACUUGACAGGUUGCUCCUUACGAACGUCCUGCGUUAAGCAAAGGCUAUCUGCUACCGGAAGGUGGUGCUCGCCUCCCAGCAUUUCAUACUUGUGUUGGAGCUAACGAUCAGUUACUUACAGCAGAAUGGUACAGAGAACAUGGAAUUGAGCUUAUUCUUGGAACGAAGGUAAUUUCUGCGGAUGUGCGUCGGAAGACAUUGGUUACUUCCAUAGGGAAAACUAUCAACUAUAAAACUCUUAUUGUUGCAACGGGUGCUCGGGCCUCGAAGCUGGAAGAAUUUGGAGUGAGUGGCUCCGAUGCUGAGAACGUCUGUUAUCUGCGCAAUAUUGUGGAUGCAGAUAAAUUAGUCCGUGUAAUGAGAUCAUCUCCUGGUGGCAAUGCUAUUGUCAUUGGUGGUGGGUACAUAGGAAUGGAAUGUGCAGCUGCUUUAGUUGCCAACAAGAUAAAGGUUACCAUAGUCUUCCCUGGAAAAUACUGCAUGGAUCGUCUGUUUACACAAAAAAUUGCUGAAUUCUACGAGAACUACUAUACUUCAAAAGGAGUUACUUUUAUCAAAGGAACUGCAGUUUCCUCACUGGAGGUCUCAUCUGGGAUGGUGACCACAGCAAUACUGCGAGACGGCAGGCCCCUACCUGCCGACAUGGUCGUGGUCGGCAUCGGGGCGCGCGCGAACACCGCGCUCUUCGAAGGCCAGCUGACAUUGGAGAAGGGCGGCAUCAAGGUGAACGGGCAGAUGCAGACGAGCGACGCCUCCGUGUACGCGGUGGGCGACGUGGCCGCGUUCCCCGUCAAGCUCUUCGGCGGCGACGCCCGCCGGCUCGAGCACGUCGACUGCGCACGCAGGACCGCCAGGCACGCCGUCGCGGCGGUUCUGGACCCCACGGGCGCCGCCGGGGACAUCGACUACCUGCCCUUCUUCUACUCCAGGGUGUUCGCCCUGUCGUGGCGGUUCUACGGCGACAACGCCGGGGAGGCCGUCCACUUCGGGGACCUGGGCUUCUCCUCCGCCUCGUCCACGCCCAAGUUCGGCGCGUUCUGGGUCAGCUCGGGCCGGAUCGCCGGCGCGUUCCUGGAGGGCGGGAGCCCGGAGGAGUACGAGGCGAUCGCGCACGCCGUCCGGCGCGGGGCGGCGGUCCCGGACGUGGCCCAGCUGGUGCGGGAGGGCCUCGCGUUCGUCGUUCGGGAGGGCCAGAGCGGAGCCGCUCGGCCGCGUCCGAGUGGGCCUAGUGGCCGCGGCUUCGACGGCGGCGACAAGCCUGGCUACGCGUGGCACGCCACGGUGGGCGUGGCCGCGGCCGUGUCCAUCGCGGCGCUCGCGUUCUGGUACGCCCGGAAGGCGCCGUGCGUGGUGAAGCGCGGCUUCUGAAUAAGCUUGGUACCGCUGCGAUGAGUGUACUUGUACAUGUACCAGGUGCCAGCCACUAAAUUAAAGGUUUCUACAACGAAAUGCCCGUCAUUGUAUCAAACGUAAACACGUCAAAAUUAUAAAGUGUAUCAUGUUCUCGUAAACCAUUCUUCAAUCAGAA